CGCACUUCCGUACAUGUGAUGUACUGUCAUGGUAGCCACCGGGCAGUAGCUGUUCUUAUUUUAAUCUUACGUGUUUUUCUCUCCUUUGAUAAAGAUGAGGUGUUUUCUUCGUGUUGGUCGGUUGGUUGCCCGUCUUAACGUCCGUUCGUGUCAUCAUAGUGUUUACAGCAGCCACGCAAAUCCACGCAGCGUGCAAGUGGACCUCGGGGAGAAGAAACUUGAAAUUUCUUCAGGGAAGUUUGCCAGAUUUGCUGAUGGAGCUGCUGUAGUCCAGCUGGGCGAUACGUCUGUGAUGGUGACGGCUGUCAGCAAAACCAAACCGUCUCCGUCUCAGUUCAUGCCUCUUGUGGUUGACUACAGACAGAAAGCAGCUGCUGCAGGUCGAAUCCCCACUAACUACCUUAGGCGAGAACUGGGCACCACUGACAACGAGAUCCUUACCAGCAGACUCAUUGACAGGUCAAUUCGACCACUUUUCCCCUCUGGUUACUUUUAUGACACUCAGAUCCUUUGUAACCUGCUGGCUGUUGAUGGUGUGAAUGAUCCAGAUGUUCUGGCCAUCAACGGAGCCUCUGCUGCUCUCGCCCUGUCCGACAUCCCCUGGGAUGGACCCAUCGGUGCUGUACGUGUGGGCAUGAUAAAUGGUGAGAUGUUGAUCAACCCCACGAGAUCGGAGAUGACGCUCAGUACGCUCAACAUGAUUGUGGCUGGAGCUCCCAGCAGUCAAGUGGUGAUGAUCGAGGCCUCGGCUGAGAACGUUCUGCAGCAGGACUUCUGCCACGCGGUGAAGGUGGGAGUCAAACACACCCAGAAGAUCAUACAGGCCAUCGAGCAGCUGGUGCGAGAGCACAAGGUCACCAAACGCACCCCGCUCAAGAUGUUCUCAGCCCCGGCUGACAUCGUGGAUCACGUGCGGCAAGUUGCUUCCGACAGACUCUAUGCUGUUUUCACAGAUUACAGCCAUGAUAAGAUUUCUAGAGAUGAUGCAAUCAACAAAAUUAGAUUGGAAGCAGAAGAAAGCCUAAAAGAAAAAUUCCCUGAAGCCGACGUCUUUGAAAUCACUGAAUCGUUCAACGUUGUGUGCAGAGACAUUUUCCGUAGUUUGAUGCUUAAGGAGUACAAGAGGUGUGAUGGCAGACAGCUGACUGCUUUGAGGAACAUUUCUUGUGACAUAGACCUCUUUAAACCGCUCCACGGCUCAGCGAUGUUUCAGAGGGGACAGACACAGGUUUUGUGCAGCGUCACAUUUGAUUCCUUGGAGUCCAGUGUCAAAGCAGAUAUUAUAACCACAGCUUUGAGCGGUAUCAAAGACAAGAACUUCAUGCUCCAUUAUGAAUUCCCUCCGUAUGCAACCAAUGAGACCGGACGGGUCGGAGGACUCAACAGACGAGAGCUCGGCCAUGGUGCAUUGGCAGAGAAAGCCCUGAGACCCGUCAUUCCCAAAGACUUCCCCUUCACCAUCAGAGUCACGGCCGAGGUGUUGGAGUCAAACGGAUCCUCGUCAAUGGCUUCAGCAUGUGCAGGCAGCCUGGCUCUAAUGGACGCAGGUGUGCCCAUUUCUUCUCCUGUAGCAGGUGUAGCUGUUGGUCUCAUCUCCAUCUCAAAGCCAGAGAAGCCUUCUGAGAUCCAAGACUACAGAUUACUGACUGAUAUUCUGGGAAUAGAAGAUUACCUCGGAGACAUGGAUUUCAAAUUGACUGGAACAAAUAGGGGCAUCACUGCUCUGCAGGCUGAUGUGAAAAUUCCAGGCUUGCCCCUGAAAGUGGUCAUGGAAGCCAUCCAGCAGGCCACAGUGGCAAAGAGGGAGAUCCUGGUCAUCAUGAACAAAUGCAUCGCGAAACCCAGAGAGACUAGGAAGGAGAAUGGGCCUCUUGUCGAGAAGGUCCGGGUGCCUGUCUCCAGGCGAGCUCGCUUUGUUGGACCAGGGGGCUACAACCUUCGUCGGCUACAAGCUCAAACAGGAGUGACAAUCAGUCAGGUAGACCAGGAAACAUUCUCCGUGUUCGCACCAACACCCGCAGCCAUGAGCGAAGCCCAAGAAUUUAUCAAUGAAGUCUGCAAAGAUGAUCAAGAGCUGCAGCUGGAGUUUGGCGCUGUGUACACCGCCACCAUCACUGAGAUCAAGGACAUUGGUGUCAUGGUGAAACUCUACCCCAACAUGACUGCCGUCUUACUGCACAACUCGCAGCUGGACCACAAACGGAUAAGUCAUCCAAGUGCUUUGGGUUUAGACGUGGGACAACAGAUACAGGUGAAAUACUUCGGUCGCGACCCGACAGAUGGCAGAAUGAGGCUUUCACGGAAGGUGCUCCAAUCCACGGCCUCCACACUUGUGAGAACGCUAAACGAGAAACAGAGCAUCUCAGUGGUAUCUGACGACAGUCAGAUCAGCCGCACAGACAGCACGAAUUUAUGACAUGACUGCAAAGUGGGCCAAGCCAGGUUCAGGAGAGUGGAUUUAGUCUCUAAAUAGUCUUUUUUGUUUGUUUUUUUCCUCUCAGAAGUCUGCCAACCCAAGGGCAUCACAAGCGGUAGUGGUAUGAUGCCUCAAGUCGUGCUGUUAUCAUAAAUGUUGAUGCGACUGAGGUGACGUGUCGUUCAACAGACACUGUAUCUCUUUAUCUCCAUGGAUGUGCUCAGACUGCAAAGCGAUCAAUCACAGGGCUAAUCCUGAUAGAAACUCUGCUUAACCUUAUUUUCUUUGUACCCCAUUUUUACCUCAUUGCUCCACUAGCUGUUAACGCAACAGCUACAACACAUAACACAACAACAGUGUUCUUUACAGCUGUAAUUUGACGCUGCACUUUGUGAUGUCACCAUUUGGUCAUUCCUGUGACCACGUGUGUUUUGAAGUGUCAGAAUCAUCGCGUGGAUGGAGAACAGCAAAUGGACAAAAGUGUAAACUGAUUUUGUAUAAUGUAAAUUGUACUUGUAUUUAAAACACAUGAAAAAAAA